AUGGCCGACCAGCCACCUCCACUAGAAGCUACACCCAUACUGAAUGAAGUGCCACUUCUACCUCAUAUGGUUAAUGGGGACAGCAUACAACAGGCAAGUCAAUUCCUUCGUGUUAUCCUUGUGCAGGUAAACCCAGGUGAAACAUUUACCAUUACAACUGAAGAUGGACACAUUCAGUGUAUUCAAGGUCCCGCACAUGUUCCUAUGAUGUCACCAAAUGGUUCUAUGCCACCUAUAUUUGUGCCUCCUGGUUAUGUGUCUCAGGUGGUGGAAGAAAAUGGAGUUCGGAAAGUGGUGGUACUGCCACACUCGGCUGAAUUCCAUCCCUCUAUGCAUCCUCCUCCUCCUCCCCACGUGCCACAUUACAUGCAUCACCACCAUGCUUUGCUUCCCCACCCCCCUCACCCAGUGUACCCUCCAGUUCCUGGGACAGGAGAGCUGCCACCACAGUUCAUUCACCAGCAUCCACCACCACAUGUGUUUCAAGAACAAGAACCUCGUUCUCAUGGAAGAACAAACUUCAUUCAGCGAGAUGAAAGGAGUCUUAAAAUGCAAGAACACCUGAAGAAAAGGCUAAAAGACAGACAAGCCAGUGGUCACACUAACAAUAAACUUAAUAGCCCUCCAUCUUCACCACAUAAAGUUGUGAAUUCUUCCAAUGCAACAAUUCAGAAUGGGAAUGGAAAGGGACAGCAAGGGGCAGGAGGACCACUAAAACAGAAGCAGAUUGGAAAAACAAAGGGCAGUCCAGACACAGAGAUGGGAGACUCUGACAUAGAAUCCAAGAAAUGUGAUACUCACUUGAGCAUUGGCAAGCCAGUCGUUUCUGAGAUACAAGCAAGAUCAGCCGUUCUGUCCUGGAAUCUCCCAGUUAGUUCACAGAAUGGAGAGAGCCAUAGUCAUAGUCCAGCAGCAUUUACAUUUGAAGUAGCAAUAUCCAACAGUGGUAAAAAUGGAAAAUUUAAGUCUGUCUAUGUUGGGGAAGAAUUGACAAUUACACUGCCUGAUCUCAGACCAGCAACUGAUUACCAUGCCAGAGUUUCAGCAACCAGCAGUUCCAUCAAGGAAUCCAUUUCGGAAUUGGUGAGUUUCACUACAGAGAGUUGUGAGCCAGACUGCCCAGCUGCCCCCAAGCUCAUUAACAGGACCAAGAACAGCCUCAGCUUGCAGUGGAAGUCCUCAAAUGACAAUGGUUCCAAAAUAACCAAUUUUCUUUUAGAAUGGGAUGAGGGCAAGAAUGGACCCUUCAAAGAAUGCUACUACGGACACCUGAAGCAGUACAAACUCACCAAACUCUCUCCUUCUACAAAGUACUCACUCAGAUUAGCUGCUAAAAAUGACAUUGGGAUGAGCGGGUUCAGCGAGCCGGUGACGUACUACACAGCAGGAAUUGUCCCACCAGCCCCCUCACCCCCCGUGCUCCUUGAAGCAGGAGUGACCUGGCUGGCAUUGAAGUGGAGCCCACCAAGCGGGGUGGCCGUGGAUGACUCUCUGACUUACAGUUUAGACAUGGAAGAAGAAGGUUCUGGUUAUGGGUUCCAGCCGCAGUACAAUGGAGAUGAACUCUCGUGCACUUUAAGAAAUCUGAGGAGGAGCACAUCCUACAAGUUCAGGCUCUUUGCCUACAACAGUGAAGGAAAAAGCAGCCCUAGUGAGGUGGCAGAACACAGCACCAAUCCUGACAAGCCUGGACCACCGAGUAAACCAGCUGUAAAGGGCAAGAUCCACUCGCACAGCGUGAAGGUUACGUGGGAACCACCCAAAGAUAAUGGAGGAUCAGACAUCACUAAAUACUUCUUGGAACUCUCAGACACAUCAGUUGGAGGUAAAUGGGAGCCUGUCUACAGUGGUUCCCAGAGAGAACAUGUGUGUGAUCACCUCAAGCCUGGCACUUCAUACAGACUGAGAGUUUACUGUAUAAGUAAAGGUGGUGAAAGCCAGGCUUCUGAUGUUACUACUGUUACCACAUCAGCUGUUCCUCCUGGCCCAUGUCAUGCUCCAUGCCUGGUGGGCAAAGCUAAGCCGAAGGAAAUCACUUUGCAGUGGGGCCCACCAUCCAUAGAUGGAGGUUCUGGCAUUACAGAAUACAUCCUGGAGAUGGCAAACUCUGAGCAGGAGGAACGCAGGCAAGUGUAUCAGGGUCCAGCAGCUGAGCAUCUGGUGAGCAGUCUGCUUCCAGGGAGGACAUACUGCUUCUGGGUACGAGCAGCCAAUAAAGCUGGGUUUGGCCCCCACUCAGACAAAGCAGAGGUCUCAACUGCUCCUGGACCCCCUGAUCAAUGCUGUAAACCCCUAAUAACUUGUAAAAGUGCAACUUGUGCUGUGGUUUCCUGGGAGAGCCCUGCCUGCAAUGGUGCAGACAUCAGUGAGUACAGAGUGGACUGGGGGCAGAUGGAAGGAUCGAUGCACAUCAUUUACACCGGCCCUGGCCACAGCUAUGAAGUGAAAGGUCUCACACCUGCAACCACCUAUUACUGCAGAGUCCAGGCUGUGAACGUGGCUGGAGUGGGGUUGUUCGGCGAGACCGGUGUGGUGACCACCCCUGCAUCAGUGCCUGCGGCAGUGUCAGUGCUGCACUUACUUGAGGAAGAUCAAGUGGAGAUUCCUUUUCCUUUAUCCACGUGCCUUGCAAUCCAGUGGGAAGAGCCAAGCUGUCACGGGUCAGAGAUCACUGGCUACAACAUAGAGUAUGGGGAGAAGCAGCUUGUAGCUGUUGGAAGAAGUACCAGCCACCUUCUUGAGAAUCUGCUGCCUGACACCCUGUACAGAAUCAGAAUACAGGCCAUAAACAGCUUGGGAGUUGGGCCUUUCAGUCAUUCCAUUAAAGCCAAAACCAAACCGCUACCUCCUGACCCUCCUCAUCUUGAAUGUGUGGUCUUCAGCUACCAGAGCCUUAAACUCAAAUGGGGUGAAGGUCCAAGCAGAGCUUUAAUUACCAACCCUACACAAUUCAACCUGCAGAUGGAGGACAGGUUUGGCAGGUUUGUUACAGUCUAUAGCGGUCCCUGUCACACGUACAAGGUUCAGCGCCUCAGUGAAUCCACCACCUACUAUUUCAAAAUCCAGGCCUACAACGAUGCUGGAGAGGGAGCAUUUUCUGAAGUUUAUGCUUUCACUACAACCAAGUCUCCACCUGCACCUCUUAAAGCACCCAAAGCAACUCAGCUGGAAGAAAACACUUACGAAAUCACAUGGGAACCUCUGCAGCCCAUGAAAGGAGAUUCCAUUGUUUACAUCCUUCAGCUUGCUGCUGGGAGAGAGUUUGAUCAGGUGUACAAGGGACCGGAGACCUCCUUCCGCCUGCCGAGCUUGCAGACAAACUGUGAAUACCGCGUCAGAGUCUGCGCCGGCCGCCAGGCGCAGGACUCUGCUGGAGCACAGGAGCUGUAUGGCCCUUACAGCCCCAGCACAGUGUUCUCAUCUCAGAAGCAGGAGCCGGUCCCAGGCUGCGCCGACUCGACUCCGGAGCCGGGCGAGGGCAAGCAGAGCCUGCGUGAGGAGCGCCUCAUCGCCGUGGUGCUGCUCUGCGGCUUCGCGGUGGUGGCCAUUCUGUUCGCUGUCGUGAUCCAGUACUUCGUCAUCAAGUAGAGGAGAGCCCUGCUGGGCGCUCAGCUCU